GUGGAAGUCGCCAAAAUAUUAUUUCUUCUACUCAAAUGACUGUUCGAAUACCGUUUUGGAUUCACAUUGAUAUACGCACAGGAGAGAAGCCAUACACGUGUGGUCUGUGGCGCUAAUUUGUCCCAGAAAUCUUAUAUAAAGUGUCACAUAAAACUAUAUACAAGAGAGCAGCAAUACAAGUGUGUGAUCUGUGAUGUUGCUUUUUCUCUGAAACGUGAUUUACAUAUCCAAAAUCGAUAACACACAUGAGAAAAGCCGUAUAGGUAUGAGAUAUGUGAUGCAUAAUUUUCCUUGAAUUUUAAAUACACAUUUGAUUAUGCAAACAGGAGAGAAGCCAUACAAGUGGGAGAAGUGUGAUGCUUCAUUUACAUUGAAAGGCAGUUUAAAGACACAUUUGAAAAUACACACAGGAGAGAAACCAUACCAGUGUGGGAUAUGUGACGCUGCGUUCUCUUUGAAAGGUAGUUUACUGAGGCAUAAACGAGUACACACAGGAGAGAAACCAUACACGUGUGGGAUAUGUGAUGCUUCUUUCUCUUUGAAAGGUAAUUUACAGAGGCAUAUACGAAAACACACAGGAGAGAAACCGUACGGGUGUGAAAUAUGUGAUGCUUCUUUUUUUAAGAAAAGUUUUUUGAAGACCCAUAUGGAAAUUCACACAGGAGCGAAACCAUACAAGUGUGGGAUAUGUGAUGCUGCAUUCUCAUUGAAAUAUAAUUUAAAGACGCAUAAACGAAUACAUAGAGGAGAAAAACCAUACAGGUGUGAGAUAUGUGAUGCUGCGUUUUCAUUGAAAUGUAGUUUACAGCAGCAUAAACGAAAACACACAGGAGAGAAACCGUACGGGUGUGAAAUAUGUGAUGCUUCUUUCUCUAAGAAAAGUUUUUUGAAGACCCAUAUGGGAAUACACACUGGAGAGAAGCCAUACGAUUGUGGGAUAUGUGUUGCUGCUUUCUCUCGGAAAGGCGUAUUACAGAAACACAUUCGAAUUCACAUAGGAGAGAAGCCAUACACUUGUGGGAUAUGUGAUGCUGAUUUCUCUCAGAAGUGUAAUCUACAGAGGCAUUUACGAAUACACACAGGAGAGAAGCCGUACAGGUGUGAGGUAUGUGAUGCUACUUACUCUUCGAAAAGUAGUUUACAGGUUCAUACACGAACACACACAGGAGAGAAGACUUGGAAUUCACAGGUGUGAAAUAUGUGAUGCUUCUUUUUCCUUUAAAAGCAGUUUAAAGAAACAUUUGAGAAUACACACUGGAUAGGAGCCAUCCACUUGUGAGUUAUGUGAUUUUGCUUUUUGUAGGAAAAUUGAUUUACAGAGACAUAAAA